AUUUGAAUUCAGUGAGUCGCGAACUCCUAGUGCAGUCCCACCUGGUGGCUCACGAUGUCGCAGCCGAUCGAAUUCAUGGCGUGCCCGUCCUUGCUCUAUCUUGAAGGAAGAAAGCGAAGAAGAACUUUCAUCCUACAUGCGAUCUAGUCGUCAUAGUAGUAGAAGUGCUUCCAAAGAGUUCGUCUCAACUCCCCUACGUGGUAUCAGAGUACCCUCCCGCCAAUCAUCCCUGGACGAAGAACUGUUCGAAGAACCCCGGUCUGCGUCCAUUGCGAGAGUUCUUCAGCCGUUCGAAGAUCUCUCUCCAAUAGCAGAACAUUGCCCAGUCAUGCCCAGAUUCACUCUAAGCGAUUCGGAUGAGAAUCCAUCUGAACUUGUUGUUGCACAACGGCGAGCAAAGUUUGCUCGAAGCCGUUCAUCGGCCACUGGAGCCUCCCCAGUCUCUGUUCGCUCAGUAUUUUCAAAAUCCGAUGAUAGUUUUGCGGAACUUCAGCCACCGCAUCGUCGCCAAACUUAUUCCGGUCGCAUGGAUCUUGCACGCAGGAAUUCAUCUCCUUCCAUCUCGAUGUUCAGUGGAGCCCGUGACCGUGUUAGUCCUCAAGCAGUUCAAGAUCUCUUGGAACUCUGUCGAUUAGGAAAAGGACGACGUGCAGCAAGCCCAGAAAGUUUGCGAAGUAGUAGGUCGCCCUCCCCACCCACCAGCAGUGGGCGCGCUUCUCCCGGUACGGUUCUGCUAGAUUCUUGCAAAAUUUCUUUUCAAUGCGUUAUUAGUCUUGUACCUAUCCCUUCUAUGUCUUCCUUGUCGUCCCUAUCUCGUCUCAAGGUUGCCUCGAGCGCCAGUGGCAUGCGUAAACUUUCUUCCUCUCCACAUCUCCUAGGAAUCUGCGAAGAAGGGGAAGAUGUGGAGACAGGCAAUAUGCUUUUAACAACAGGACAAACUGCACGGACGAAUAGAUCAGCUUCCACUGGGCUCGUUCCUAUGCGCCAUGGAUCGGUUCAAGCAACAAAAAGCACUGGCUCACAUCCUCUACCGGCAACAUAUAGGUAA